AUGGUUGUUUCUGUCACAACCGUCGACGCACCACCACCUCCACAACCACAGUUCACUUGCUCCGACAACAACCAUAAGCUAUCCAAAAAAGGAAGCAUCUCCAAAAGCCGUUCGUCAUCCUCAACUUCCAGCCACCGCCGGUGUACCUUCACCAGAAAAUGUGCUCGACUCGUCAAAGAACAAAGAGCCCGAUUCUACAUCAUGCGAAGCAAACGGUUCUCCUCGAGAUCUCUAUUUCCCUCGUGCUUUUAG